AUGGAGGCGCGCACACAAGGCGCUGUGUCUGCGUCCACAGCGUUUUACGGGCGUUUGAUCCCUCAAAAAAGCGAUGAAGAGGAUGUGAAAGCAGCUUUAGCAGCUUUAAAUGCUUCGGGUGAAAGCAAAUUGCCCCCUACGACACACAAUCGUGUUGCAUCGGCUGCUCGCACGCUACGCAACGCGAUACUGAAAGAGUCACGCUUCUACCGCGUAUUACAAGAAGCAAAACUCUACACAAUUGAUUUUGGUGGCUUAGAUACAUCCACAAGUGAAAAUGCAGCUGAGAGUGGCGAGAAAGCUACUGAUCUUGACGAUAUACGACGCCGUGCAUCGUCAUUGGCCGAAAGCGACUAUAAGGUCGUGCGAAUACAAGAAUUGGCCAAGCUCGGUAAUGGACGCACAUCAUCUGCUCGCAAUCGGCAACAAAUGAUGCAGCAAGAUCGCAACGCUUAUAGCGUCAUGAAAAUGCCAGAAGAAAUCGUGGCCAGCAACGGACGCUUACAGUGUCUUGUUGGUGCAUCGAACGCUCCUACGUGGUUUAUUCGCUUGACGCACGUGAAGGAUGCAUUCAUGAUGUUAUCAACCAAAGAAGCUGGUAUUGCUACGGAAAAAGAAUUUCUCGAAUCACUUCCCGAAUCUCAAACAGCUAUAGUAAACAAAGGCCGAUUUUACUAUCGAGUUUUGGUACCAAUUGAGCUUCGAAGAGCCCCAGAUUUAUUGUCACCGGUCAUUUCACGACAUGUUUUUAAGAAUGCAGAGGAGAUUAUUGAAUGUCAUGAAACUUAUCGCUGUCCACAGAGUGGAGUGACGUUUGUGAAACUGGCGUAUGAAGAUGGGUGGCUUUUUGAGACAUUGAACUCGGGAAUUAAAGUGCUGGAACGACUGGCCACUGAGCCGAAUAUCGAGUAUGGUCAUUUCUUUUUUGUUGUCAAAAUUCCAGUCGGCAUUAGAGUGGCUCCGCAUAUAAUGGCACAGCGUUCUGGGAAAGGCUUUAAAUUACAUUCAAUUGUCGAAGCAUCGCAACGAUUUACGCCUCCUGGAAGCAAAAUUACAUAUGUACGAGUGUGUAGGGAUAAAAAUUCGCGGUGUGGCUGCUCUCGAAGUCAUGCAGGAAGUGCAAGUCCAAAGUUUACCGAGCGUAAACUUAGUGCUGGUGGCGGAGAGGUCGGAGUUGACGACAAUUCAGUAGAAAAAGCUUUUACAACUUUACCCGCACCUUUAUCUUGUCAUGGCGGCUGGAUCUUCGAGACGACGAUGGACGGACAAGUGGUACUUGAGCCAAUGCCAGAGCCUAAAGUGCGCCAGGUUGAACGCCUUUUUUAUCUGGUUUUAGACGAUGUCGAUGUACUCUCAACACCAGGGCUAAAGCGAGUUGUAGUUUCAAGUCCAUCCAGCCCUCCAACAAGACGGAAAAGGCUAAAAGACACACUAAUCGAGUGUAGUGAGCGCCUCGUACCUGCAACACCACCCGUAUCGGACGAUGAUGAGCAGGAUGUACCGGAGAUUGGCUUCGUAAAGCUCCGACAUGAUGCAGGUUGGAUCUGCGAGCGGCAUUUGCAUCCGCCGUAUGCAUUGCUUUUGGAACAAGUGCAAGGAUACGCCGUAACCCGUGAUUUACCCAAGUUUUAUCGUGUCCUUGUACCGGUGUAUUUACGCUCAGCCCCCGACUUCGAAUGCCCACGAUUACCUGGUGUGGCUCCCAUGACGGCUGGAACUGUAUUUGAGAGUAGUUUGCAAUAUACACCACCAGGCAGUCGCAUCACGUAUAUCAAAGUAGCCAGUGCAUCACACCCAGCAGCAAAUGGUGCGUGCAGCGGCUGGCUUUUUGAUCAAACACCAAGUGGAGAUCAAAUGCUUGAGGCUGUGGACGAAGAUCCUGAGAAGAAAAAUGGCAAAUUCUUCUUUCGAGUCAUUAGUGAGAAGAAAGAAGUGCUUCUGUCGCCUGAGAAAACAAGCGAAAUCGUGCGGUAUUUGUUUGCCAAUACUAUUAUUUCAGCUGAAAUGGAGUACACGCUACCACGAACACAAGAGACAUACGUACGACUUUCGAAAGAGAAAGGUUGGGUGGCGCUUGAUCCCUCACGAUCACGAACCGGUAGUUUGACAAGCCAUCGUUCUAGUCGCAAUAUAUUUGCCAUGCAAACUGCAAGCGAGAGUGAAGAUUGUCCUCCUCGAACGCUUGUGCGAAUAUCUGAGGAGCUCUAUAAUCUCUACGCGAUGCCUCCGAGCUGGGUCAGUAUUGGACAUCCAAAUCGAACAUGGUUCAAAGUACCGGAUGAGACUUGUCGAACAAUAUUGGCAGAAGAGACCAUUCUGCAAAUGUCGGUGUUUGAGUCGCGCAAUAUAUUGGCUUCCUGUUCUCAAGGUCGGGAAGGUGUACCUCUUUCACGAAAAGGUACACUUAGUCUGGAUGAUGGCAAUACUGUGUGGCAUUGCACUUUGGAGGAGAUUAAGCAUCCAGCUAGUGCAUUAUUGUUCACAUUUCCAUGGAAACAAGUAUGGUGGGUUUUUGAAAUGGAAGGAUCUGCCGAUCGACAUUGCGUCGAGUUGCAGCACGGUCUUCGCGGUGGUUUUCGCUCUAUCUUAAUGGAUGGCGAAAUCUUGUUUCAAAACCGCAGUGUUUCGGAUAUAUUGUGGGAUUCUGGCAGUGAAUUUACGUUCACAUGGAAUGAACACACUUUUAAAGUGCUCAUUACUCUUGAAGGAGCGUUUUUUUCGCAGUAUUUGCAGUUCUUUAGUUACACGUUGCUGGUUGAUGAAGAAAAUAUUGUGCCUCUUGACCAGUAG